CACCCGUUGCCUCAUCCUCUCCCUCCCCUGGUGCUGCGCUGCGUGCCACCUCUCUUUCCUCCUCGCUAUUUCUCCCUCCUCUCCACCUGCCGGGGCCUGCCUUCUCCCUCUUUCUAUUUGAUUGUCUUGCAGCUUCUUUAUUUGCUCCACCACCACCUACAAGGCUAAGGCUCCAAGCUAGCUAGGAACUCAAAAUACUAACAAUGGCCUCCCUCUCCUCUGCCGCCGUCACCGCCCCUUCCUUCGCCGCGGCUGCCCGGCCCGCCCCCAGGCGCUCUGCUGCUUUCACCGUGCGCGCCUCGCUCGGCAAGGCCGCCGGCACCGCCGCCGUGGCCGUGGCAGCCAGCGCCCUGCUCGCAGGCGGCGCCGCCAUGGCCCAGGAGGUGCUGCUGGGCGCCAACGGAGGCGUCCUCGUCUUCGAGCCCAGCGAGUUCACCGUCAAGGCCGGCGAGGCCAUCACCUUCAAGAACAACGCCGGGUACCCCCACAACGUGGUCUUCGACGAGGACGAGGUGCCCAGCGGCGUCGACGCUGCCAAGAUCUCGCAGGAGGAGUACCUCAACGCGCCCGGCGAGACCUACUCCGUCACGCUCACCGUGCCGGGGACCUACGGAUUCUACUGCGAGCCGCACCAAGGAGCCGGAAUGGUCGGCAAGGUCACCGUCAACUGAUGCAUGCUGCGAUAUAUCUAUCAUCUGCGCAUGCAUCUACUGCGUGCUAUCAAUUACAGUACUACAAGUAUUAUGUAUUCAAACGUAUGUACCUACCAGGAGGCUAGGCUAGCUAGCUAGAGAGCUUAUUAGCUUGCCUUCCCCUCAAGAGUCAGUGACCAUCUUGUACCUACCAAGUGGCCUGAAUGCAUGCAUGCUAUUGCUUCAUCAUAUAUCAUCGGCCCACCUUGCAUUGCU